UCCACCAUUUCAUCAACACAAGCUUAUAACUCUCCCCAUAAAUUAAUUUUUCAAUCAAAGAACUAAUCAGUUGAAAGAUGGAAGGCAAAACUUUGAUUCUAAGUGUGCUCCUAAUGAGUCUAUUCAUGGCACAAAUUCAAGUUGACGCAAAGAGCUGCUGUCCGACCACCUUUGCUAGAAAUAUCUAUAAUGCUUGCCGUUUUAUCGGAGGUUCCAGGCCAGAUUGUGCAAUGCACAGUGGCUGCCACCACGUUGAUGGGUCAAGAUGUCCUGACGGAUAUAUGAAGAACAUUCUGGAAAACAGAGGUGAUGCUACCAAUGAAUACUGUAAGGUUGGGUGUACAUCUUCGGUGUGCGGUGAUUUAACCACUCUCCAGAACUCUGAUGCAAGUGAAAUCGUGAAUGAAGCGGUUGAAAAAUGUGUCAGCGCAUGUUCUACGGUCUGCACCCAUGGCUCGAUGGAUGCAGUCAAAACUGCCUAGAUCGACAAUCAUAUCCAUCUUUCAACAGACCACGUAUAUCUUGGUGAAGGGGGUGCUUGUCUUUCAUAUUGUUGUUUUUCAUGUUUUCAAUAAUUGUCAUCUAUGUGACAAAAGUAUUAAGACUCUCGUGAUCGUAUCUUAAUAAUUAAGUUGUUUCAAGUUUGUGCAUGUGCAUAGAAUGUUGUCAAUCCUUAGAUUGAUUAUAUGCCUUCUAUUCUCUAUGUUUUAAAUAUAUAAUAAUUGUGUCUUUAUAUA